UACUACGCAGAACCUGCAGGCUCGCGGGAUACAAUAACAUGGCUGAGCUGAAUAUCCCCCUCUUGGAAUAUGAUAAGCAAGGUGGAAUCAAGUUCUAGCUCUGAGAGGGAAGCUAUUUGCAAAGAGAAAGAUUAACAAACCCUUUCGGAUGAAAAGGGGUAUGUGAAAUUUGAGUCUGGAAGGAAUUUCCACGGAUUAAAUACCAUUAUCGAUUCACUUCUAUAGCCUUCAUAAUUAAGCUAUAAUUACACUACAAAGUUCUCGCAGAUUGAUCGUCAAAACCGGAAGAUUAAAUUGAAUCCUCUAGAAACAAUGGCGAACACUUCCGGCCGCAUUGCAGGCCCCAUACGAUGGCACAUCUACCACGAACCCCAACCCCCCAAAACCCGUAUGUCGCUGGGAAGCAUUCUCACAAAACCAGACGACCUCGAGACAUCUCUCAACUACGGAAGCGACUUCAAAGAAAUCCCCGAAGAAAAACGGGAAAAUUGCACGCCAAUGGUCCAGCGCAUCAUCAAGUCCGAGCUAUCAAAAGAUCUCAGCGGCAAGCUAAGCGCUCUCCUACCAGCGUUUCCCGGGAUCAGCGCCGGCGGAGGCUUGGAAGGUGCCCGGUCUAGUAAUGCUCAAGCCACGUUCGUGUCGCAGAAUGUGCGCGCGCAGAUCAUAUCCCCGGACACGGCGAAGGAGUACAUGGACCAGGCGCUGCUGGCGCCGAAGGUGCUUGAGUAUGUUCGGAAGUGCCUGUUCACGAAGCCGCUGUACCUCAUCGUCGGCGUUGCGACGUGUAGUAAUCUAACUGCGAGCGAGACGCGUGGGGGUGGUGGGAAUGUUGCCGCGAGUGCGGAGGUGGGGGCGUUGGGUGCCCAGGUUACCGGGAGCGUGUGAGGGAGUUUCAGUAUUC